AUGUGCAAUAGGGUUGAUCACCUCGAAGAUCGAUUUAUUGACAGGCUACGCCGUGUGGUGGAAAUACCGUCGGUAUCUGCUGAUGGAGGGAGGAGACGUGAUGUUUUCAAGGCCAGUGAGCUGAUCGCCGACGAGAUGCAAUCGCUUGGGAUCGAUGUAAAGGUCAAAUCGCUAGGGAAAGAACCAGGAACAGACCUUGAACUCCCUCCAUUGGUUCUAGGACGAUAUGGCCGGGAUCUGGCUAAGCCAACAGUUCUGGUCUACUGCCAUUAUGACGUUCAGCCUGCGGCUAUUGAAGAUGGGUGGAAACACGACCCCUUCCAACUCACCAUAGAACAAGGUGGGAGGUUGUGUGGCAGAGGCACGUCAGACGACAAAGGGCCCUUGGUCGCCUGGCUGAACAUGAUUGAAGCAUUCCAGAAGUGUGGAAGCGAGGUACCGGCAAACCUCAUAUUUUGUUUUGAAGGCAUGGAGGAAAGCGGAUCUGUUGGACUUCGGGCAGCAUUGGAAGAAGAGGCCUCCGAGUUCUUUGCCGACGCGGAUGUGGUUUGCAUUACUGACAGCAUCUGGGCCGGGAGCACGCAGCCCAGUAUCAGUUGUGGGCUGAGGGGAGUCUUGUUUUACAUCCUCACGAUCACAGGGGCGAAGCAGGAUGCACAUAGCGGCAUAUUUGGUGGCCAAAUUUCAGAGCCGAUGACAGACAUGGUAAAGGUCAUGUCGACGCUUGUCGACUCAAACGGAAAAUUGCUGAUUCCUGGGAUAUACGACAACGUGGUACCGGUUACCGAUGCUGAAAGAGAAUUGUAUCAAAACAUGAAGAUCUUUGAAGAGGAAUUGGAUGGCGGGCUUGGAGGUCGUAGCCUCCACCAAGAUGUUGCAAGCAAUCUAGUUUCGCGGAGGAUGCCCGCCCUUUCAAUCCACCGAAUCGAGAGUACUACAGCCGGUGAGGGCGCCACCACAUCCAUUCCAGCCGGGUUACGUGGAAAAUUCAGUAUCCGGACGGUGCCUAACAUGAAAGCGGCGGACAUCGACAAUUUGGUUCGCGAGCACAUUACGGCAGAGUUCAAGCGCCUCGAGAGCAAAAACAGCAUGAACCUAGUUUGCGUUCAUCAGAGCGAUUGGUUCUAUGAAGAUGUGAAUCACUGGAACCAUCGAGCCGGGGUAAAUGCAAUCGAGACUGUUUGGAAGACAAAGCCAGACUUUAUAUGUGAAGGCGGAAGUAUCCCCAUUGCCUUGCAUUUCAAGGAGAUCCUCAAGAAGAACGUGCUUUUGUUGCCAGUUGGAAAGCCAACGGAUGGAGCACAUUCCAUCAACGAAAAGCUGGACAAAUUGAACUAUGUGAACAGUGCUAAGGUGUAUGGCACAUAUCUAGAUGAAUUAUUUAUUCUAAGAUACCGAUUAUCAUCUGGUAAUAGCUGA